UACUUCUCGAAAAUUAGGGUAUACGUUAGUCCCUACAAGCCCUACCCAGACUUUCUUCCCUGGGUUUGGCCGAUUAGUUUUCCAAUUUGACGGCGUUUUAAAUGUAAUGCACAUAUUUGAGAGUUGCCACCAAAUUGUGCCUCGAACCGUGGAAGUCUUUUGCUUUCGUUAUGCAAAUCUCAAUUCAGCGUCGAGGAAUUGGGCAAGCCGCCUCUUCGGCUGUAGCUUACUCAGCAUUUUGUGGUGCCCGCUUUGUAUUGGACCAACAACUCAUUAUGGCUCCACAUAGGUGUCUUAUGCCAGUGGCCUCGAAGAAGACGUUUCAUUAAGCUCCCAGCCGCCUAGGUUGCCAGUUGUGUUUUUCCAGACUCGUAUUUUUCCACAGGCCACCAACUAUCGAUCCAAAAUGAGUCUUUCUCCGUUGGCGAGCAGCAUUAGUCAAGGCAGAAAGGAAGUUCGCCAAGGGCUCAAGAUCAACAGCAAGCUGGUGCAGGCCCUGAUCCUCCUCGUGGCCUGUGUCCUGUUCGGAGCCAACUUUAACUACGCCUCCUUCCCACCCGGCACUGUGAUCGACAUCAAGCUGGGAGAUGUCCCCCUCGACCAGUUCAGCUAUACACCAACCCGCGACGGAUACGAGUUCAACUACACCCUUCCCGAUGGAACUUUCCGGGAUGAAAUUGGCAAAGUACUCAGCGGCUCUUCGGCAGCCCAGGAUCUCGAGAACGCCAACAACCUGGCCAAGAACCGCCGCCCCGCCCGCGAGCAGGGCCUGAAAAUCCGCAAAUUGUCUGGAAAAUCCCUCGCUUCUUUGGCCGGUUAAACCAACUCAAAGAAAAUUCCUAUACGAAUCCAUCACGAAUUUAUUACAACAGUUUGUCAACUGUUUUAGGCUAGUUUAUAAGUUGAGAUGUUAAAUUUGCAAGCCAUAAAAA